GGAAAAAUACACAGUCAGUGCGAAGGGAGAAGAAAACGUAGAAGAAGCGUACGUUCCCUGCUGCCUUGGUGGUGUACGUAUCCGUGUACGAUUUCGCUCCGAUUAUCGGUGAGAUUUGCAGCGAAUUUACGAAACAACCUCCGUCGCCGUUCCGACCCCGUUCGCGUUCACCGCCCACCGUCGCGGGGACACUGGACGGGUGUUUGCGUGGGUCCGUUGUUUUGGCACGGAUUUGCCACGCUUCCCCUGCGUGCGCUUCGGGCUGAAGGGCCGCCCCACACUGUCGAGAGCGAGAGAAGGAGGGCCUUGGAACGUACGAGCACGACGACGACGACGACAAUACGGGAAGAAGUAGGUUUGCCUCGAGUCCCGCAGCCGUACGCGACGGACCAGUGUGGCCAGUCUCUUUCCGGAAAGUGCCUCCUCGCUGUCUACGUAGUGCCCCCGACUGGUGGUCCGUGUGAAUGUCGUCUGGCAGCAGCAACGUACGGUGGUAGUGUCUGUGUUUCGUCGGUUUGAGCACUACCGUGGUUGCAGCAGCAGCAGCACCCUCGUCGGUUGGCACACUUUGUUUCCGCUGUACCCGAACCGCCGAGUGACGCCUGCCCUGCCCCCGACGCGCAGCCAACAUGUUUAACAAUUACGGCAACACGAUGGCCUCGGACCCGUUCCGGAAGGUGGAACAGUACUCGCCCAAAUCGUCGCCCCGUGCUGGAGGGGCCGGGGGCCGAUCGCCCGUCGUCGCCCGCCAGGACUCCUCCGGCACGCUCAAAACGACGAUCCAGCUAGGCAAAAACCCCUCGAUACUGCACAGUGGACCGUUUUACUUAAUGAAGGAACCGCCAGGGGAAGGCGAACUAACAGGAGCCACGAAUCUGAUGGCCCACUAUGGCUUAGAGCACUCGUAUAGUAAAUUUAGUGGUAAAAAGGUUAAGGAACAGCUAUCAUCAUUUCUCCCGAACUUACCUGGCGUCAUCGACGGACCGGGACACCUCGAUAACAGUUCCCUGCGAAGUGUGAUCGAAAAACCACCGAUCGUGGGCAAAGAACUGCUUCCACUCACCAGUGUACAGCUUGCCGGAUUCCGUCUGCAUCCUGGACCGCUUCCGGAGCAGUACAAACACUUAAAAACCGCACCAACUAGAAAGCAUAAGAAUAAGCAUAAGAAACACAAACACAAGGAUGGCGUGGCGCCACCGGAACAGUCCGCGCUCGAGGCGGCCGGGCUGGACACGCACGAGAAGAAGCACAAAAAGCAGAAAAGGCACGAGGACGACAAGGAGCGCAAGAAGCGGAAAAAGGAGAAAAAGCGCAAAAAACAGCGCCACAGUCCGGAGCAUCCGGCGGGUGGUGGGGGUGGUACCGCCUCGGUACCACCGCAAACGCAAGUCUAUUAAGGAGAAGGUGGAUAUGGAUGGAGGGCUGGUCGUUAUUGGAGCGAGGGAGAGAGAGGGGGGCGGCUUUUUGUACCACCAGUACCACCACCGUGUCACCGUGGCAGCAAAAACAAAAACACAUACCGUUCAUUCAUACAUAGAUACACACACACACCGGGGAGGAAGCGAAACGAACCAAAUCACUGUGGAGAUAAAGAAGGGAAGCCUUUAUCAAGAAACCACCGCGGAACACACCACAAUCCCUUUUCCUCGGCUCGUGCUCCUAAACCGGCACAUGAUGAUUGUACAUCGAUGUGGCGUGUAUCGAUAUUAAACAGCCACUUUGUUGUUCACGCGUGUGUCUGCAGAGCGGGUGCGUUUAAAGCCGGGGGUGGAGAGAGUAAGUGGGAACACGACUUCCAAAACAGGAAUCUAGGGUUAAUCUAGGUCAGGAACGUCGCGUCGCGGGAGAAAGCGCGCAUUAGUGAUGGUUUCCGCCCGGUGGCAAAUGGUUUCCCCUCGGUGUGGAUUAUUUUACCAACAAAAAAACACAACAAAUUGCCUUCCUUCUCCACCCCAGCACAGCGUGUAAAGUGACACAGAAAAAGAAAGCGAUGAGCCGUGUGGCUUACACACAUAGAACCACAUUCACACAUCUCAAAGGGCGGGAUCGAUCCGGGCCUCCAAGUUUUGGGGGAUGAUCCCGCGGAAUCGCUCCUCACACACAAACACACACAGAUCCUUCGAUUAAGCCUACCUAACAUUAGUGCCACUGGAUGGGGAGAGAUAGAGCGAAAGAGAGAGAAUGUUGUAUAUCAGAGGACGAAGAAAGCAGCGGACAGCUGUAAGAUGCAUCGAAACUGUUGAAUCUUUUGUGGUGAAAAAGCGAAGCAAAGAUAGGAAAACAUUAACCCGUACUUCCACUUGCCGUACGUUUUUUUUUAAUUGAGCUGAAGGAAGAGGGAUUUGCAAGUUGUGCACUUGUUUUACUCCUUCCUGUUUUCUUAUCAUUACAUGGUUUUUCAGUUGUUCUCUUAGUUGUGGGACACAUGCUUGACUCUUUCCUAUUGGAAGUGAAAUUGAUACGUUGAAAAUUGGACUCUAUGGCGCCUUGGAAAUUCCUAUUGAUAUGGAUAUGUCCAACAAGGGUGCUAGAGUCCAAUUCCUAUUGCAAUAAGUUCAUGUCCCAAAAGAAAGAGUUAAAAAAGUGUUCCACAGCUAUGAGAAGUCCUGGAAAACCCUGUAAGGUACACUAACUCUAAAGUUCACCAACAAGGCACCAUCUACCACAACCCAUACCUUGUUUUGUUGAUUAUGUGUAAUAUAUUCGUGUAAUGCAUCUCCCGCACUUCCCUUCCAAUGGAAUGGUGCGGUGUGCGGUUGCAAUAUCCUGGUGCCUGGACGGGGUUGAACUGUGUAUAAAGUACUGAAAGCGUUAGUGAAGGAGCGACAAUAGUGCACUUUCAAUACGCCCGCUUAAUCGUAACACAAGCAAACUAACGGUUUGUGUGUAAGUGGGUAACAACUCAAAGGAAUGAAUACCACAAAGGAGGGGGGUAAAUUGUUACACAAAAGCGAAAAACCAUAAACCAACACGAAAACAGAAAAUCAAGUAGGGAAAUUUAGUUCUUAGCGGAGUAAUCAAGGGAGGGCACUCACCGGGGAGUUUUUCUUUCCGUUUUGUUUGCGCAAUGUCUGAACGUUCUUGUGCAAGUGCGUUUUCCUGUGUGUGCAGCAGUGUGCAUUAGUAGAAGAAAGGAAGUGUGUGUGUGCGCGUGUGUAGACUGUCAACCAUUUCAAGGGAAAGUCAAGCAAGUGUCCUCUUGGUGCACCUAAUCUACUACCUUCUUGUCCUUGGUAUAGAUGGAGUCAAUCCAGCAGAGACUCCAGCAGUCCCUUUACAGCUCGGUAGUGGAAGGAAGUGGUACUAAGCGCGGCAUUACGGGAAAGCCAAAGCAAUGAAACGGCGAUAACGGUUUUAACGACGGUAAACAGGGCGAAUGAUUCAAAACAAGUACAAUUAAAUCAUGUUAGGGGCAGAAGCAACAAUUUCAACCACAGAAAAGGAUCGCCUUGGCAUCACUUGGCAGGGAAUGCAUAAUUCAGCUACGAUCCUUUAGCUGGUCUCAAGCACGGCUGUUGUGCCAAUAUGCCUCCAACAAGCAAACAAAAAUAAAAUGCCAAAAGUAGCAAUACCGACGGUUAAAAGGAGCAAACAGAAGUGCCCAAACAUGAAAGGAAAAGGAUUCACGCAAAUGGAUGCUCUCGCCUAACUCGUUCGUUAGGCACGAUAAAAGCCGUAUUUGUAGAGCAAUUGGCAUAUUGUUCCACACAGUAUUGACUCAUUCCUUUACCCACUCGACAGUGAACAAUUCAAACACACUCACACCGAUCGCUUCCUAAUGCACACACACGUGGUGGUGAUGCACUUUUGAACGCUGCUGCACUGUUGUUUCGGUUGAUCUGCAAAUGCCUUGAAUGUGUAAUAAUUAAUGGAAAAUUAAUCAAAACUUCCUUCUAACAACAACAAAAAAAGCAAAAGAAAACAAAAGAAUGUUUAGACAUUGCACACACACACACAGACACAAAAAUGGAAAGAAAAACAGGUGGAGAGGUGGAAAUAGAAACAAAAAAGCGGCAGAAGAAAAUUGAGUGCUGCAGCAAAAACACACUCAAACACACGCAAACAAACAAAAAAAGCCUCUCUUCCCCGAUUGUAUUUAUAAUCAGUAAUGUGGAAUUAUUUAACUUUUAUUUCCUAUACAUAUGAAUAUAUAUAUAUUUUAGCAAUAAACACUGAAAACGGAAGAAAACUGACAAAACUGAAAAAAGACGAGAAUGAGAGAGAAAAAUGAAAGAGGAAACAGUGCGAAACAGUAGUAACCAAUUGCUGUACUGUGUGGCAACACAUCCGAAAAUUGGCGAAUCGUUUCCACAGUAAGGAUUGUUUUCGGAUAUUAUGCAGUUUCGUUCAUAACAUACCCUUCCUACAGCUUCAUUUUCAUAAUUUUCAUUUAUUGUAUUUUUUUUUUCAUCAUUUUUAUUCCAGAGAACACUUUGUGCUUUCUACUAACCGAAAAGCGAAUUCAUGUAAAAUAUAUGUAUAUUUAUGUAGGUAUGUUUUGCCGUGUGCGUGUGAGUGUGUAUGUAUGGGUGCGAAAGAGGAAGAAAACGGACGCGACACACACCAAAUGGCGUGUUAAAAAAGAAUGUACGUUGAGCCUGUACACAUUUAUAUUGCCUGUCGGGAGGGUUCGUGAUGGUUCAUUACGAACUUUCUGAGCAUAUUUUAACACACACUCACAUACAAAAAAGUGAACAUUCAAAGGCAACUGGGAAGCAACGUGGAUAUACACAAGAGAAUGCAUGGCUAAGGGGACAGCCUUCACGCGUAAGUAUAAACCUGUUACCUUACUUUGUAAGCAAGAAGGAGACACUUCUUCUAGAACCAAUUAAAUCGUGCGCACUGUUGUGUGUGUUGUUGUAAGUGAGCGGUAAUAUUUGCCUACUCUUGCUGAGAUCCUGUUCUUAGACACAGAUGGGGAGAAGCUGCAUUCUACUUUCUCCGGGAUGGAGAGAGCUGAUUUUCCUUGAUUUGACGAGAAGAAAUUCGUUCAACCAACUCAAUCUAUUUUAACAUUUCCUGAGAGUAUUGCGGGGAAGCUUUUCCCGCACUAAAAGGGACAAGGCAAAAGGCCACAGAUUAAAAACAUGUGCAUAAAGGCGCACACACACGCACACGUACAUGAGAGCAAAAAAUGCAUGCCCGAAGAGAAGGUGUGAGAUAUGCAACACAGCACGGAUUUUUUUGUUUGCAUUUGUGUUAAGCCUCGCACUUUUUGUUUGUAACAUAUUGCUGCUGCUUUCUUAUUACAGACCUUUCUACACACUUUUCCUCCUAUAAGAAAACUACUGCCGUACUUUCCUCGCAAUGCCGACCCUUUACUGACUUGUUUACACUUUUCAAAAAUACAAACAAUAAACACAACACACACGCACACGCACA